AUGGAUGUUAAAGAGGAGACGUUUGAGGCCGACAUGAAUAUCGUGGAGGAGAGGACCAUAAAUGUUAAAGUGGAGGACUGUGAGUGGGAGAUUGUCCACCCCAAACAGAAGAGUCUGGAAAUCAAGGAAGAGGACCAUGAGCUGGGGUCAGUGAGUAUUAAAGAUGAGGAUGAAGACGAGUGUGUCAGCACUGAGAUACACAACUGUAGGAGUAUGGAGAGUGUCAAGGAAGAUGAUCUUCAUUAUGAGCAUCAAGAUGGAGCAGUGACUGGGUUAGUCUCUUCUUAUAGCAGACACCCUUCAUCUCUGGAGUCAUCUAUCAAUAUAAAAUAUGAAUCACUACAGUCUGACACAAAGGGGACUGAAGAUGUUUCAUCUCCUAGAAGUCAGCGAGAUAAGCCACCACCACCUACAACAUCAGCUAAAACAACCAUGUAUUUAAUGCGAGUUAAUGUUAAUAAUAAAGGCAGUAGACUGAAAGUAAGCUCUUUUUUCCCCUUUUCUUUUAAACUUUGUACAGGAAACAAAGAUCAGUGCAGUUUGGAAUCUGGAAAAGAAUUCUCUGGCAGGAGUGCUCUUCAGAUCCACACUGGACUUCACACGGGAGAGAAGCCGUAUUGCUGUAAUGACUGUGGUAAACAAUUUUCACAAAUGAGCAAUCUGAAGAGCCACACUAGAAUUCACACUGGAGUGAAGCGGUAUUGCUGUAAUGAAUGUGGUAAACAGUUUUCACAUAAAAUCAAUCUGAAGAGCCACACUAGAGUUCACACUGGAGAGAAGCCAUAUUGCUGUAAUGAAUGUGGUAAACAGUUUUCACGUAUAAGCAGUCUGAAGGAUCACACUAGAGUUCACACCAGAGAGAAGCCGUAUUGCUGUAAUGAAUGUGGUAAACAGUUUUCACGUAUAGGCAGUCUUCAGAGACACACUAGAGUUCACACGGGAGAGAAGCCGUAUUGCUGUAAUGAAUGUGGUAAACAGUUUUCACAAAUGAGCCAUCUUCAGAGACACACUAGAGUUCACACAGGACAGAAGCCGUAUUGCUGUAAUGAAUGUGGUAAACAGUUUUCACGUAUAAGCAAUCUUCAGAUACACACUAGAGUUCACAACAGAAUAUAAAGGGUAGCAGUUCAAAAAUCAGUCCAGAAAAACAAGCACCCUUCAGAACUCGAGAGUGAGGUUCACUCCUGUCUUGAAAAGUAAGCAUUGUUGACAAAUUAAUCUCUGAGAGAAGCCAUAUUGCUGUUUGGAAUGUGGCAAACAAAUCUCUCAGAGCAGUACACUUCAGAGACGCACCAGAAUUCACACUGGAGAGAAGUACAACUGAACUGUCCUGACUAAAGAGUGAGGUUCACUCCUGCCUGGACAGUAAGCACAUGUAACUGACACAAAUCCAUCCUACUUAGUGUUGUGUCAGAAACAAAUCAACACAGAUGAGAACCAGAAGUUUAUAUCCUUUUUCCCUUUCCAGAAACAACAUAAAGAACAGGGCGUCAUACAAACCGCUUCUCACCAAAGCCCCUACAGCCUCCACCAUGUGCCUAGCUCUGUUUUCAUAACAUAUGUAUUACAUAUAGAAUUAUUUACAAUAUAUUACACACAUCUCAUAAGAAAA